UAUAUACUUUUUCUUGUAUUUUCUAAUCAGAAAAGCAGCAAAUAAACAAAGUGCAAGAACAACAACUAGGAGACAAAGCAGAAAAGAACCGAACGCAACGAAAAUUCGACUGAGAGAGUAAAACACGCGCAAGUUAGCAACGCGGCCACUGUUGCCGAUUCCGUCCCCAAUCGGCCCCAAUCAAGCCAACUUAUUAGGCAUUCAGCCGCACAGCAUCGCAGCCACUGCUUCGCUCUUUGGGGCCACUCAAAUAAUUCGUAUCGGUAUACAUUAUCGCGCUCUCUCGGUAGUACAAAACUGGCAAAAGAGUGUUCGGAACGAGUGAAAUAAAGAAUAGAAAGAAAAUAAAAAGAGAGCAGCAGAAGUAGCAGAAUCCAGUUGGAUUUUUGACAUUUCAGCCUCAGAGCGCCACAAUUUGGUCAUCAGUCGAACGGUCAGUCGCGAGGUCGUUUGUUCAGCGUAUUAUUUUGCAUGCGCAUAUUUUCUAAAUACACUCAACCGUAUAAACGCAUAAAUUUUUACUCACACAUACAUAUACAUAUGUUCAUAUGUAUGGAUGUAUGCGCAUAUGAAUAUAACUAUUUGUGGAGAUAUGUACGUCGCACCAAUAAGUGAAAUGUGCAGUGAUUGCGAAUUUGCAGUGCAUGUGAAGAUGUCAUAUAAUGUUUUCAGAAAUUUCUAAAAGUUAGUGUUUUGAAUAGUAAAGCAUCCCAGUGUUGUCAGCGCUGCUUUGAAAUUUAGUCGCUGCCAAAAACCGGGCUGUUUGUAAAGUGCCCAAACAAGCAAAUUAAAACGAAAGUUGCAAAAGCACAGAAAAGCAGGGGGUGGAAGAGAGUGUCAGUGGUGGCGAAGCGGUCUUGGUGCUGUAUGUCGCAUUUACGAAUGAAAAUGACUGACUACGAAAAUGCCGUCGGAAUUGUAUGCGAAAAUAAUUAAAGCAGUGAAAAAAUAGAAAUAAUAUAAAGGAAAUUUGGUGUAUACAAAUUUUCCAAAUAUAGCAAAAUAGUAUUAAAAGGCAUAUAAUUAAUGAAAUAAAAGAAAUAUAGUAUAAUAAAAUAUUAAACUUGUGCCACUGCAUGAUGUGCCAAAGUGUAAACAAAUCAAUUCAAAUUGUACAAGUGGAGAAGAGUGCGAUUAAAGUCGAAAUUUUUGAAUGUGAACAUCUGUAAACAAGUUAAAGUCGGUAAAUUGGACUGUUCUGUUGGUGUGCGACUUGAAGUUACACAAAUUUUUAUUAGUCUCUGAGACUGCCGCUUCAGCACUACCUUCGUAAGAAGGAAGUGUUCAAAAACGGAUAAUAAAAAAAAUGACUGAAUACGUUACGCCCAAUAUUCACACAGUGCUCAAAAAGUAUCAGACAAGUGCACCAAAAAGUUUGCAGGGACCUGGUCAUGCGUUACCCGUUGCUGGCUGCCAGACCGGCCCCAAUUGCCCGCUUGAUGCCACUUUGACUGGCGUGAGUGGCAGCGGUGGCAACCACACAGACCUAAACACUGGUGGCGUUCGUAAUGUUUGUUCUGGGCAUCUGUCGGUUGGGAAUUUGCCAUCAAACGGUUCCUCUAGUAGUGUCCACAAAAUAUCGUCUACCUGCCCGCAAAUAGUAUCAUCACAAUCUUGCUUGAAUUCACCAAAUGCGGGUUCCGCCUUGCCACCGGUCGCACCGCUGAUUAAAAAAGAAGUUCUCAGCUCACCCGAACCACAUGAACUGGGAGAAAUAUUGCCAUCGCAAUCAUUGCCACUUCCGUUGUCGAUGUCGUCACAAACAACGCAACCUCAAUCCCAAACAGUUCCUUCUCAGCCUCCUGUUACCACAGUUAAAAUUAUACCACCCCCACCACCGGAGUUGUCACAACCCAUCUUUACCGCACCAGACUCGGGCUCUGGUGUAUUAUACGAAACGCGAUUGGAAGGAAAAACUAUUGGCUGUUUCUCGCUAGGUGGAGAAAUGCGUUUGUGUCUGCCUCAGUUUCUAAACAAUGUACUAGCCGAUUUUACACUUGAUCAAAUAAAUCGCAUAUUUGAUGAAUUGGGCAUCUAUUGUUCUCAAUGUUCACCUGAUCAACUGUUAGAAUUCAAAGCAGCAAAAAUUUUGCCUACGGAUGUGAAGGCGUCCGGUUUGAUAACACGCACUGAUGCAGAGCGUUUGUGCGCAGCACUUUUACAUCGGGUAGAUCGAAAUAAUUACAUUAGCGAUGACGACAUCCCGAAAGGUGCCAUUUCCUUCAAAGUAUAUCACCGCUGUUUCGGGAAAUGUGAUGGUAUCUGCACACCCGAACUUUACUCAUACACAAAGCCAACUUGCAUCAUGUGUCUGGAAUGUAAGGGAUGGUUUUCACCACAGAAGUUUGUGGGCCAUGUUCAUCGGGAAGUCGAAAAUCGAACAUGCCAUUGGGGCUUCGAUUCACGCAAUUGGCAUGACUAUUUACAUGUUGCUUUAGAUGUCGAAAAUCGAGAAAAGUAUCAGAAGAUUUUGGAUGAGCUGAAGGAGGUUGAGAUCAAGGAAGCGCUAAAGGCACAAAAUGAAAUACUCUACAUGAAACGAAAGGUAACUAACGAAAUUUACAAUAGAUCCAAUGUGAUAAAUCUGCAUUUAUUUGUAUUUGUAAUUGUAUACCUUGAAUAACUAGCAAACUGAAUUGAUCAGGCAGGGACGGUAUUAGAUGAGGACAGUAACCACAAAUAAAGGAGGGAAACGGAUUGAAUUGAGCUUGUUAGUUGUGAUAAUUGUUCUAGAUUCAGUCUGAAAUAAAUAAAUGGCAUAAGAAUGUCUUUAAAGCCUCAGAUAUCAACCGAAUGAACCACUUACUCAUGCUGAAUGUUUACCAGCCAGCAAAACUUUAGCUUUAGUUAAUCGACUCAUACUAUAGUACACACACGUCUGCGAAUGAACUUACUCACAUACAUAAGUAUAUGAAAACAUAUAUACUUACGUAUGUGUAUUUGUAAUAUAAGCACGAAUAUUAUUAACCGGUUUUUAGGCGAGACUGUGUCGGUUCACUUUGUUCCGAGUUCUGCAUUAUUAUUGUUGUUGUUUGCGUGAAAAUCAUGUGUGCGUGCACAAGCGCAAACGGUCAAAAUAAAAAAUUUCGCAAAUGGAGAAAAAACAAUUAAGUACUCGUACCUACACCAAUAGUGUAUGAAUAAAAAGAAAAUAGUAGAAAAACAGCAACAGACGGGUAAUCUCGACAAUAAAAAAAGUUGUGAAGAUAAACUUGAAAUACCGACGUAUGGUCGAGCGUCUUUGGACAUGCUGACUACAUAUACACAUAAGAAAAUACAUGCAAACAAAAUUUCUCGCAAACAUACAUAAAUAUGUGUAGGUCGGGGAGACUGCCGAUGAAGCUAGCAAACCCCACAUAAAUGCAUGUACAGUAGACACUAGAUUAAGGCUCACUGAGCUUGAGCCAUUGGAGACCAAAAGAGACGCGCAAAACGUGCGAAACACCAUUGACGGCGACUACCAGACUGUCGGCCAACGGAGACACGUUUUCAAACUUAAACUCAAUUGUUGUUUAUUUUUGCGAUUUUUUUUGUCUCAACGGCCGUAAUUCUUUUUCGAGCGCUGACAGUGACUUCCACUGGGUUUUAUUGCCACACUUUAACCGUCAGUAUGGCAAUCAGUCGGUCGUUCGGUCCAAUGCACUGUACGGCAAUUCGCGUAUUUCGUUGAAGCGAUUACUUUUGUACAGGUUGUGCAUUCGCUGUGUUAACGUUCGUAUCGGACCGCCAAGUUUAGUGCUUUUGUUUUGUGAGAAUACUUUGCAUGCUCUGGAUUUUUUAUUUGAUUUCGAAUCCACAUUUACUUUGCUACAAAAAGUCGAGAGUAUUUUCGUUUUUGCAACGCAAACCAGUCUUAUUUGAGAGCUACCUAGGCCGAAGCGAGUUUUGUAUAAAAAUAACUGAAUUUUUUUGUUAAGUUCUAAUUACAGACACUUACAGUUUAAUGAAUUCAUACUCAUCAGGUUGAAGAUAUUAUAUACAUAGAUCGCUUGAUUUCAUCCAAUCAUUGAUUUAACCAUUUCCAAUUUGAUAAGUCUAAUUGGCUACCAAUUGGUGUUUCCCCGAUAAAUUCGGGUACAAUUCUCUGUGUUUCCCUGAUAAGUUCGUUCUGUUGAAAAGUGAAAUAUUAAUGUAAUUUAAAUUAAACAGAAGGAAGAACGAUGUUGAAGAGUAGUUGUUACAAACUACUGAAAUUCGUUUUAAAGUGAGGUUAUGUUAAAUUCUCGUAAUCUCAUUAGGUUUUGACAAACAAAAUCAAAAUCAAUGUAACUACACCUGCAAGUGCCAGGGAUAAAUGGUUGGCAGCAGAAAACAAACUCCCAAUGCAGGUGGACUUUAGCGUGAUUUGUUCUUAAUCCACCGCAUCUACUUGCUCUGUUGAUGUUAAUGGAGUAAAGUCACUCCUCUUGUUAAUGCAUGUCUGUAUGUGCAUUUGUGUUUGCUUUUAUUGAGCUCGUGCUGCAGUUUACUGCAUUAUACCCAGCACAGGCCAGCAUAUCCGACCUUAUUGUUCACAUCGGACCACUAAUUAUACAGUUAGUAAAUGAAGUGCAUCUGUUAAGGGUAUUGCAGCUUCGGUGCAGCCGAAAUUUACGUUUUGUUCUUUUUUAAUGUUCAGUCUGCAAGCAGUAACGGGUCUUCAUGGCUACAAGUGCCAGAGACACGCCGAACGAUUAAACAGGUGUGGUUUCAUGCCGAUACUUGGUACUCACAUUGAAGAGUAAGUCUACAUAUACAUACAUACAUAUGUAUGUAUACUGUGCUGAAAAAGUAUGCCAACAAAUUUGGUUGUCUGCUAGAGUUGUAGCUUAAUCGUCCGCUUGUGUAUGUUUCGUCGAAUUUUCGCCUAAUAAUUCGCAUCAUUCCAGUUAAACUGACCCAUUAUUGACCCUUUCAGCCAUUUGAGACAAUUGUUGUGUCUGGUGGGAACGUUUUUUACCGAAACAAAUGUUUUAUGUAGGUUUUAAGGUACUUAUUCUCCAAGUUCAAGAAGUUUGAACCAUGUUUCGAUAUCUUUGAGUUUUUAUGAAUAUUAUCUUGAAAAUAUCGUCUUACGACAAGUUGCAUAUUUCGAAAGGCAAUGUUAUAUGUUAAUGAACCUUUUACUUCUAUAUUAUUAUGUUUCCUUCCGAAGACUAAAAAGACGGAUUGCAGUCGCUGUGAUAAGUUGGAAUCAUUUUUGGAAUAUCUGCGAAGCUUUUGCUUUCGGUUUUCUCUCAAUAAGAAUCGAGUAAAUUCAUGGGCUAACUACUUUCGUAAUUAUGCGUCGUUCAUUUUGUUUCAUAGCAUCCAUCAUUGGAAGGCAACUUCCUAGAUUGCUUAAAUUUUCGGAUGAAGAUUGUUAAUAAUUAAAAAAUGAAUGCAGUGCAAAUUUUUGGGUUGUUUAAAGUCGACUGGUAUCAAAGAACUCGAUAAAAGUGAGGUUACUUUCCGAUAAUCUUCGGGUUUGGUUGAACAUGCCUUACAUAUUUUUAUUGAUUUCACUCGUGAUAUUGUUGUGAUGUUAUUCGCAUGCUCCUCAGGUACCAACCAUUAAGAGGCUAAUAAAAUAGCCAUACGUGUUGAAACAGAAAUCGAACAACGAAUAUUUACUAAAACAAUAAACUCUACCCGACUAAUAUUAUUAUGGCGAGGAAUUCACAAAUAUUGCAAAAAAUAUUCAUGUAGGUGUAUUCAUAUACGGUAUGUGUGUGUAUAUACACAUAUGUACAUAUGUACACAUUUGAGCAACUUUGCAUGAUUAGCGCGUGAAGAUUGAAUAUAUGUUGGGUGACCACACACACUGAAGUGCAAAAACAUUACUUCGACGCCAAAACUGAUAAGAAAUAAAAACAAUGAAAAUAGUAUAAAGGCACACGUAGACCACCCAUGUAGAUUUGUUAUAUCUGAAAAACAAAAGCGUUUUGGAUUGAACUUAUUAUCGAAAAAUAUUUAUGGAUCGUAUAAGGUCUUUAACUGGCGCUGAAUUAUAACUAAUCUAAAUGUAAUUUUUGUGCAAAAUGUCGAAAUGCAAAUUCAUAUAUGUAUGUACAUAUUUAAAUAAACAUAUACUGUGAAAUAUAUGUAUGUAUGUACAUGCAUAUGAGUGAGUGCAAUUCAUGUACAUAUUAACAAAAGUUUAAUAAUAAACACCUAUAGAUAAGAUAGAAGUAGUGCCAAAGUAGACGAGCAAUAUGGAUGGCAAAAUGAUAGCCAGAAUACAUGUGAAUGCAGAAUACUUAAGCAGCAAGAAGUUCGCACACAGUAAUUGACACCUAAAAUAGUACAUUCUUGUAGUGAACCACACUUUAAUAAUUAUUAUGACUUAUUUUGAAAGAAGAAAUGUAGUAGGACAAGAGGCUAAGUUGUUUUUGAAUUUCUUAAUUUUAUUCCUGUUGUUAGCGUAUAAGCAUCUAGAAAUAUUGUAAUUAAGAUGGGCUUGUAAAGAUUGUGAUAUACGACUCAAUUAGUUUUGUAUCCUUGACAAGAACUUUAACCUAUUUCAUCUCAUCUUCUUCCUUACCGCUAUGUGAUACUUGUAUUCUCAAUAAUGUAUUCUGAAGAAAAAUAUAUGUAAAUAUACAAAUUCAUAUUAAAAUUUUGUUCACGGUUUGCUUUGUCAUCUAAAAAGACAUCUACAAACAUGGGUAUGUAUUAUACAUAUGUAUGUAUGUAUAGUGCAUACAUAUGAAGUUAGCUUGACCCCCAUUUGGGGUUUCCUAAACACAAAAUCAAUGAGCGAAUAAUUAACGCCGAAUAAUUAACAGCCAACAAAUUGCAAAGUACAUACAUACUAUACCUGUACAUUCUUAUGCAUUUGCAUAUUAUACAUACAUAUGUAAAGAUAACAAAGAAAUGACAUGAACAACUUGCCGAUAAUAUGUGAGCACAGCUGACAGUUUUCACUAUUAACAUACAUACAUAUGUAUAUGUACGUAUCAUAAAUGUUUACCCACCAAAGAGCCUUAAAUUAUAUAAUAUACAUUUAUAUUUUACAGCUAGGAAUUCCUGGCUGAAAUCACUUGAAAAUACCGACAUCCGACCUAUAGAAAUUAUAGCAAAAUUUAUCAAUAAGUCUAUAUACAUACAUACAUAUAUGUAUUAUGUACACAUGUAUAUAUGUAUAUACAUAUGUUCUUUGAUGGGUAUUUGUAUUUAUGCAUAAGUAGGUACAUUAGCAUAAAGGUAUGUACAUAUGUAUGAAAAGGGGGGGGAGCAAGUAGCCUUUUAUUUGUCUGCGCCUGACGCCAAAUGCAACUAAUUGAUGCAAAAGUGCAAAGUUGCUAAUACCAGCCAGUCCGCGCCGGUUGGUGUCGUUGUCGCUGUCGCUGUCGGUGUCACUGUCGCCGACAGUAAUUAAAGCGCCGCGCACUAGAAAUCACAAUUGAACGAAUGAACAUCGAAUAACAGCGGCGAGGAAACAAUAAAGUGGAAUAAGUGUAAAUAACAACACAAAUGACAACAAAGCAAGUGUCAACAUCCAUAUGCGAAAACACAUACACACACUUACAUAUGUAUGUACAUACAUACAUACGUGCGAAAUUCAUUGAUGUGCUGAAUAUUUGUACGAAAAGUACAAAAAUAAUACUUGCAUUUCAUAUUCGUGAAGUACGGAAGUACGAAGCAACUGCGAUAUUCGCUUAGGUGUCAAAAUGGCGGCAAUUGCUUGAAAUUUAACUAAGUGUUUUACUUAGUUAUUUAUAUUUGAUCUGUAUGCAUCUUUAUUUAUGCUGUUAUUUACAUACUUAUGUUCAUAUAUUUAUAAAUAAAGCCAUUUUGAGAGGUUUUAAGAACUAUAUAUAGAACGGGUGGAGUUUUGAUUCCCUUACAAGCCACUAAAUUAUUAGGGUGAAUCUGCGAUUGUGAAAACUUGUUUAGUUAUAUUUGGGUUCAUCAUAUUAUAUCGUUGCACGAUUAUUUUGCUCUUAAAUUAAUUUUAACAUUAAAAAUAAAAAUAUUUUUUAAGAUUAAACAUAAAAAGUGAUUAGAAAAUGAAAAUUCGGACAAACAAACAGAAACCAAGCUAAGGCCCAAAAAUUGUGUUGAAUAUUUCCAAUUUCUAAAAUACUUUAGGAAGGGAAUUUAGCUUAUACUAUACAAAAUGGAAAAAAAAUUGACAAGAUAUAUGCAUACAUUGUAUUUAGUGUAAAAUUAAACGUUUUGGCAAUGUUAUUCGCAAGCCAAAAAGUACAUCUUCUUUAAUCCAGUAACUUGGCUGGCAGAUGCAACUGCUCAAAGGUCCUUUACGGAUGAGAAGAAAAUCAGGAGAAAUUGCGGACAAGAAAAUGAAACAUACUUGUAAUACAUUAGUAUUCAUUUGUGAAGAGCAAAUGGUAAAAAGCGAAAUCGCAAAAAUUAUAAAAUGCAUGCUUUGCCUCGUUUUCUCUGUUGAUGGUAUAGUAGUAGUGCAAUGGCGAUAAGCUCAUGCUACCACGUAUGUUGUUGGUAUGUAGUCAUACAAUUGUUCUCGUGUGUGUACAUCUAUUGCCUUCCUGUUGCAUUAUUUCCAGGAAAAAUUUGCACAUCACACCCGACCACUGACGCAUAUGGGCUCACACGCCACUGAAAUGGCAUAAAGGACCGUGAACAAACAGCACAAAUAACGCUGGUGAAUGCAACUCUGCUGUCGUCGAUAUUAUUGUUGACUUUAGCAGUGUCUUAGUUGGAGUAAUUGUUGCAGCGACGAUGACAACUUUAUUCUCAGGGCGCACACUGCGUUAGCGGGGGCGAUUAGAUCUACUCGGAUAUUUUGUUUGUGUUGAAAAAGAACCAAAUGGAUACCAUUGCGUAUGAUUAAUUUUUAGUACAGAUUUUCCUACAAUUAUACAUUCAUAUUAUUUUUAUAAUAAAAAAUGUUAGCAAAUAAGCGGGUUAUACCCGUGAAUGCAUCAAAACAAUGCCCUCGCACUGCUUUAGAUUGGACUGCUUUAAUAGUUCAAAAAUAAAAUCUGGGGGACUUAGUUAUCUAAUACCGACCGCCCAUUUCUUGUAAAAAACAUUUUAGAAUUUAUUUCGAUCGGGUCAAACGACUUGUUAUACCUGUCCAGCAUAUGUAUGUACAUAUAUACAUACGUACAUGCAUCGUUCCACGAGUUCGAGCAAGGAACCAUUUGGACGUUAAGUAUUCAGUUUGUCAGAUCAAAAUUUAAGAAAAGUCUCCAUAUAAACAAACACUUUCUCAACUGCGCUGCGAAACGAUCGUCUGUUUGUAUAAGGUAUCGAAUAUUGCAGCAUAGUAUUAACUGAUAUUUCAAUUAUAAUAACAAUAUAGUAAAGUCAAUUAAUAUAGCCACUUGGUGGACUGGCUGCGAGUUGCAGUUGUAAGCUGAAACUUCACAUUUCGCAUUCUUACUAUAUAGUAAGUGGCAACAACAAUGCGCCUAAUCAUUGGCAAUAGCAAAUAGUAUUGAAACAACAACAAAGUCGUUAUUUAGUCGGGACUGAUAGAUAAAAGUAACAGUGAUCCAUAUACUUACGUAUGUACAUAUAUAUAUACAUAUAUGUAUGUAUUCAUACAUAUGUACGUGUGUGUAGAGGGACUGUAUGACUUUCGCACGCAGACAUGCUGGCAUGCUAGCGUGCUGGAACUUCGGAAUGCAGCCUUUGCAGUAAAAAGACGAAACAUGAUAAUCAGUAAAAUGCAGUGAUCAGUGAAAGGAGCGGUCGCUCGCUGACCGGCGAGUGCAGCUGUACCUCAUCUUUGCCCACGAUAGUUGCCUUAUAACAGCCCCUGAGUGAUUAUUAUUUAGCUAAUGAUGAUGGUGAUGCAUACAUUGAUGCAUACAGUGCAGUGUUCCAUGCAGGCGGCGGCUGCUGGUGCGUCUAAUAUUACAAGUGCUACUGGUGUUCAUAUAAAUUCCAAAGCUGCUGAGCCACUAGUUGUCAGUUUUGCUAGAGUGAUGAGGGAGGUCGAGGCGGCUCCAGCUCCGUUUGUAGUUUUUGCGCUUCAGUGCGCCUUAGAAUUAUGGCAUAAAUAAAAAGGCAGCGAGCGACGCUGUACUCGUAGUGGCUGGUAGUGGUUGCAAAAUUUGUUUGCGACUGCAGUCAGCAGUUGGUAAGGCAAAUAGCAAUAUCAACAGUGCAAUAAUUUCAAAUCAAAUGUAGUUGUGCCGUUUGAAUAUUAAAGCUUUUACGUUUACGUUCAUAUAAGUUUAAAUGUUUGCUAGGUAGCGUGUUAGCGUGUUGGCGUGUUGGCGUUUAGCUUGGUCUGUACAUGCGCAACUGCAUUCCAUCAAACAAACGUCAACCCAAUGCUAGCGACGCUUUUGUUUUCAAUUUACUAUUGUAAUUGUAGCGUUGCUGUGAUCGGCACUGUUUGUUGUUGUUGGGAAUUUUGAGAUGCAAUUUGUUCUUAAGUCGCUCAAUUGGUUGGAGGAAAGUGGAGCACAUGCUCGGCAAUUACUCGUCAUCAUUCCGAAAAAGACAAGCAACUUCGCGCUACGUAACGUAAUCGGGUAAUGAGUACGAUAAUACGAUAAGGGCAAUACUAAAUUCAACAGUGUUUAUGCGAGUAUUAUCAUUUGUUUCUUAAGUUAUUGAAUCAAGGACAUACAUACAUACAUAGAUACAUACAUACGUACUUAUAUAGUAUAUACAUACAUACAUAUACAAUAUGUAAGUUGAUUUCGGUGCUAAGAUUUAAAUCUUGAAAACGACAAUGAUCACUAUGGUGAACUGAAAAUGUACUACCCGCAACAUACAUACACAUUAAAUUUUAAUAUUAUUUAUUCUUUUUUUAAUUUUAUUUAUCCCCACUAUAUUUUGAGUGUCCAUACCAGUCGUAUUACGUAUCUUUGUUGCAUAUAUAGUAUA